CCUGGAUGAGAGCACAAGUAGCCCCUGGGAGAAAGAGAGGAAGACAGACCUACAGUAGAUUCCAAACGCUGGAACUGGAGAAAGAAUUCCUCUUUAACCCUUACUUGACCAGGAAGAGAAGGGUGGAGGUGUCUGAUGCUCUGGGACUCACUGAAAGACAGGUGAAAAUUUGGUUCCAAAACCGAAGGAUGAAAUGGAAAAAAGAAAACAACAAGGAAAAAUUGCCAGUCUCCCCCAAAGAGGGGAAGGAAGAUGCCAAAGAAAGCAUGGUGGAAGAGGACAGAGGAGGAGACACCAACUGA